CCUGACGUCACCCGGACCCGGCUCUGUCGGGCGGUGCGUGUGCGCGACUCUGGCAGCAUCAAAACACUGUUUCUCACAGUCGGGGCUACAUUUUACGGACUUUAUUGAAGGCGCUACGUGGCUGUGUGUGAUGACUCCUCCGCUGCUGGAGUCCUCUGGAGGAAGGGGAAGAGGAAGGAGGUGAUGAGGAAGAGGAGGAGGAGGACAUGUCGUUAGCUGCCUGCCAGGACACAGGAUCGACUCCACACCGCGGAGUCUAGCAGGAGUCGGCUCCAAAACCCGAACGGGACCCGGGACACACAAGAGGACAAGAUGCCGCGGAGAAAGCAGUCAAACCCGCAGCCGGUCAAACUGGACUCGGAGGACGGGGUGACGGGCUGCGAGCCGAGCUGCCUGGUCCUGGAGAGCGACUUCCUGCUGAGUGGAGAGCUGGAGUUCGGAGACUCGGACAUCAUGGGGCUGGACAGAGAGGCCGGCGUGACGGUCUUCUCGCUGAGCGUGGAGGACGACCCCUCUGCUCCCAGUGACUCCACCUUCCCCGCCUUCCUCUCCUGUAAAGGAUGCGGUCAGCUGCUGGGAGACGCGCCUCUGGGAACCGGACUGGAUCUGGACGUGGGCCUACACCUCGGAGUGGGGCUUUACUGCCUCAGCUGUGAGGACGGCCUCCACGCCGCCUCUGCUCUCCACUGCUCCCCGGAGGUGGAGGCGUCCGCCUCCUGCGACAGGUCCGCGGACGCCGCGUCCGACGGGAAGACGAGCAGUCCCGGUAAGACGGCCGACGACGCCGCGAAGCUGCACUCCUGCUCGCUGUGCGCCUUCACCUCGAGAUACUCCAACCACCUGAAGCGGCACAUGAGGAUCCACGACGGCCAGAAGCCGUACCGCUGCCCCGUCUGCCCGUACGCCUCGGCCCAGCUGGUCAACCUGCAGCGCCACGCCCGCACGCACACCGGGGAGAAGCCCUACUGCUGCCCCCAGUGCAGCUACGCCUGCAGCUCGCUGGGGAACCUGCGGCGGCACCAGCGCAUGCACUCGCAGGAGAGGCCGCAGAGGAGGGAGAAAGAAAAGAGGCGAGCCCGACGGAAACGCACAAACGCCGAGAAUGAGGAAGUCAUGUCAGACUUGACCCUGCGAGUGUCCCAGGACGCGGGUUACCUGCAGACCCUGGGGGGUCUGGGGUCUCCCUCCGCCCCCCUCCCGGUGCUGCUCUUCCCGCUGUGCUGCCGGCUGUGCGGUCUCACCUUGGAGGAGGCGGACCUGGACGGGGACAAAGCCGACGGGGAGGCGGAGGCCGACAUCGACCAGGUGUGUCGUCGUUGCUCGCUGGACCUGCAGUCCAAAGACGAGCUGGGGCGUCCCUGCAGCCCGGAGACGCCCCGGGCGUCCCGGCGCGCCGAGCGCGGCGCCAAGCUGUACCGCUGCCCCCACUGCCCCUUCCUGUCCCACUACCCCAACCACCUGGCGCGCCACUCCCACAUCCACUCGGAGGAGAAGCCCCACCGCUGCCCGCACUGCCCCUACACCUCCUCGCACCUCGACAACCUCAAGCGCCACAUGCGCGUGCACACGGGCGAGAAGCCCUACCAGUGCCCGUCGUGCAGCUACGCCUGCGGCAACCUGGCCAACCUGCGCCGCCACGAGCGCAUCCACUCGGGCGCCAAGCCCUUCCACUGCGUCAUCUGCGGCUACUCCUGCAACCAGAGCAUGAACCUGAAGAGGCACAUGCUGCGGCACACGGGCGAGAAGCCGUACGCCUGCGCCGAGUGCGGCUACACCACGGGCCACUGGGACAACUACAAACGCCACCAGAGGAAGCACGGCCACAACACCGACAGCUGGGACAAGCACGCCCCCAUCAACGGCUUCAGCUGGGGCAAGGACGCACGGGAGGGGCCGGGGCAGGAGGCGGAGCUCAGCUAGAUACACUGCAUGGGUGUGUGUGAACGUGUGCGUGUGUGUGUGUGUGUGUGUUGUAUACACUGGUGAAUCUCCAGCUAGGAUUGGAGCCAAACUCAGGUGCCUUUGAGACAGAAUGACUGUAAUGCUGCACUGACUUUAUACAAAACGGGCUGUUUGUGUGUGUGUGUGUGUGUGUGUGUGUGUUUGUAUGUGUGCAACAUGGACACAUCACACACACACACACACACACACAGAGUCCCGUCCCACGAGUUGUGAAUGAAGCCCGAUGUGAUUUAGUGAAGCAGGCGGUGAAGUCACCGGCGUCUCGCCGGCUUCUGCAGGUUUUCAAGAGAAUUCCUGAUUUAUUGUCGCUGAUUUCAGAGUAAAGCUCACCAUUUAUAAUCAUGAUCUGCAAGAAAUAUGGUUAUAUUGUAACUGAAAAUCAAACCCGGAGGAAAUCAGUUUAAAAUCAUGCAUUUUCAAAGUCAAAGAGGUUCAGAAGGAAAGGGGUUUUUUUUUUGCUGUGAAUUGUCUAUUUUUAAUGAAUAUAUCUAAAAAAAAGAAA